CACCAUGAAAAUUUACUUCCUGAAGCUGAACUGGAGGGAUAACGUUAUUUUGAUUUAAUGCUCGUAUUUAUUCUCAUAUAUAUAUGAAUAUAUUUCUUUCUUUUAACUCCCGCUUUCCUUAUUUUGCCCAAUACUGUCUCUCAAAUAACAAUUGAGCGCCUUACCUAAAUAUUUUAAACGACAUCUUUUGUUCCAUCCAUUAGGCUAGCUUCUGUGGCUAAGUCAGAGACCCACUAUAGAUUUCCCCAGCAGUUUGAGCGUUAGGCCAUUGAUUAUUUGGUUGGCUUUAUUUGCUUACUAUAUUAAACACUACUUGACAGCUUUCCAAGACAGGUAAAGCCAAGUCAUGAGUGCUGAAGACUCUAACCCAGCCGCCACACCCACUCCUUGUGUAGAUAUCCAGGGAGAUGGACGAUGGAUAUCAAUGCACAACCGCUUCGUGUCUGACAGCAAAGACAAAGAACCAGAUGUUCUGUUCGUUGGAGACUCUCUCGUUCAGCUCAUGCAUGAGUUUGGGAUAUGGCGCCAGUUGUUCUCUCCUCUCCACUGCCUGAACUUCGGGGUGGGUGGUGAUGCAACACAACAUGUGCUGUGGAGGCUGACCAAUGGUGAACUGGAUAACAUCAGCCCAAAGGUUGUGGUGCUGUGGGUUGGCACCAACAACCACGGCCACACAGCUGAACAGAUCUGUGGGGGUAUCAUGGCCAUCAUCCAAGUCAUCAAGAACAAGCUCCCCAAUGCCCACACGCUUGUGCUUGGUUUGCUGCCCAGAGGUAAAAUGCCAAACCCUCUGCGAGAGCGAAACGCCAAUGUGAACAAGCUGGUCCAGGAUGCCUUAACUUCUCUCCCACAUGCCUCCUUCCUUGAUGUAGACCCUGGCUUUGUCCUCUCAGACGGCAGCAUCUCACACCAGGACAUGUACGACUACCUUCACCUGACUCCUCAUGGCUACAAAGCUGUGUGUGAACCUUUGCAUGCCCACGUCAAGUCCAUGUUAGACAAACCCACUGAUAACUGAGCAUCCAGUUUACAAAUAUACACUACCGCAGUGGUCCUCGGCCCUGUUUUCAGAGAGCAUUGCACUCGGCUUAUUGAAGCUAUGAUUGUUGCAUAGGAUCAAGUGUUAAGGGCUAAGAGCAAGUUGUCUCUAUAACCAGGGUUGGUGACCACUGUUACUGAUAAUGGGACCAUAAGGUUUUUUUGUGUUUACAAUAAAGUCGGAAGGUAAGUAUGUUGUGCUAUAGAGAAACAAAGUCCUCCCCGAUUCCCACUCCCUUGUAGUUCCCUAAGCAUUCUUACUCUACAGGAUAAUUUCAUUUUCCUGUCACAUGAUAGAAGGAUGAAUAUGAUGAGCAACUCCAAAGUACAGAUAACGACUCAAUUAGGAAAAUACGAUUAAAUUAGAUUAAUUUGAAUGUUCAAUGGUCAUAAAGUCAAAAAUUAUUGGAGAUUUUAUAGAUAAACAAUUUAUUUUUAUUUUCACAUGUUCGUGCUCCAGGUCACACAUUGCUUGCUGCAUCAUGACAGAAGUUAUAUUUAUAAUAACCAUGUGAUGCAGAUUUCAGCCCUUCAGCUCCCAUGAACAAUCAAAGGUUGACUUUUCUUUUUCCUCCCGCCUCCUUUUGGAUACUGAGGAAAGAUACCAACUAAUGCACUGUCUCUCUGAGGCAACUGGAGCAGGAUCUGGUUGGGAAAUAGUUGGGGACUGACAUGUGUACCAGAAUCUGCCAACAUACUAAAUACAGCUAUCGUGUCCUUUUCGUUUCCUAUUUUCAGAUCACUUCCAUGAGUAACAUUUAUUUGGCCAUAGACCUUUUUCUUGGAAGACAUGUUGUCUCUUCAUUGCAGGAAAAGCACAGAAGUAACAGUGAACACUAACAAUGUCUCUCAUUGAAGUGUAGAAGUGGUCAAGUAAGACAGAAUGCAGAGAACCAAAACCGGCCAUCACUAAAGAUAAUGGACACAUCUGUGCUUUUACUUCUUUGUGCGCUGUAAAAAAAAAAAGGUCUAUUGCUUUGCUGUGAUGUUUUUUGUUUAUGUAUUUGUUCAUUUCAAUAACCAAAGGUUCUGACUUUGUCUCUGUUGCAAAUACUCGACCUGUUUGCUUCCCAUCGAGUCACAUAAGCUCAUCAUUGCCUUUUUUAUGUUUUAACUUCAUAUUGUGUAACAGUUGCAGCGGUUUUGUGUGAGUGACUUUUUUGUUGAGCAUGUAACUGAUUAGAUUGUGAAGCUGUAUUCAUUUGUCAAGUUGUUUGUGCUUAAAUUUGCUCUUUUCUACAACAUAUCGUCUCAUUCGACCUUUUUAAAAUGCUUUACUCUCCUCUGAUGAGCUGGAGCUCCUCUUGGAUGAGGGCUGUGCUACAGAACUUGAAAUAUGGUCCAGGAUGACAAGUGGUGAAAGAAAUGCAUUAAAUUUCAAAACAAGUAGUUUCUUUGU